UACGUGUUUCUAAGUUUACAGAGCAUAAAUAUCACGGCAUCGAUGUUGGUAUAUAAGGUGGCGAAAUCAUUUGUCAUUAUCAGUAAUCAUUUCUUCCAUCUAGGACUACACAUCCACCUCUACCAAGAACCAUGAUCGCUCUCACGCUUGGACUCUUGGUAGCCUGCACCUCAGUGCUCGCAGCCCCCUCUCCCUACCCAGGACCCCAACCGGGACCGGCCCCUUACCCGGGUCCCCAGCCGGGUCCGUACCAAGCUAGUACCGUGAGCGGUCCUACCGCCUCUGCCCAGCCACGCGCGUCUCAAGCCGGCCCUAGUGCAGGAGCUGACCCCUCCUUACUCCUCGGAGGAUUUGGAGGAUAUAGAGGACUUGGAUACCCAGGAUUUGGACUUGGAGGAUUUGGGUACCCAUUCUAUGGUGGAUACGAUUGUGGAUACGGAUUUGAUGAUAUCUAUUACGAACCAUUCGGAUAUCCAUUGUACGGAAACUUGGGAUACCCAUUAUACUAGACAUGUAUUUAUUGUAAUGUUGGUCUACUCAAUUGUCUCUAAAUAGAUUUAGGAACUUUUUCACUGAAAUAAAUGUUGCAUUAUUUAUUAA